ACUGCCGCUGCUUUCAUAUUUUCAUACAUUACUGCCAUAACCCUCCACCAUGUUGACCCUGCUUUGCCUUAUAUCAGGCAGAGUCAACAACAGAUGACAAAAGACAGUUGUGAAAGAACCUGUGAUGUGUAGGGAAUGUUCAGGAGACACAGAUGAACACAUCUGCUGACUGAUAUAGUGACACUGGUACAGUAGCUCCAGAAAAAUGCUUGUUUGGUGCAAUGUUAAAUUUCGCUGCAGUUUUAUGCGUUGCUACCAUUUAUGUUCGUUAUAAGCAAGUUCAUGCUCUGAAUCCUGAAGGGAAUUGUAUCAUCAGAUUAAACAAGGCUGGCCUUGUACUUGGAUUGCUGAGUUGUUUAGGACUUUCUCUUGUGGCAAACUUCCAGAAAACCACCUUUUUCAUUGUACACGUAUGUGGAGCAGUGCUCACCUUUGGUAUGGGCUCCUUAUACAUGUUUGUGCAGACCAUCCUCUCCUACCAAAUGCAGCCCAAAAUUCAUGGCAAACAAGUCUUCUGGAUCAGACUGCUGGCAGUCAUCUGGUGUGGAGUAAGUGCAUUUAGCAUGCUGACUUGCUCAUCACUUUUGUACAGUGGCAGUUUCGGCACUGAUGUGGUACAGAAACUCCACUGGAAUCCCAAGGACAAAGGUUAUGUGCUUCACAUGAUCACUACUGCAGCAGAAUGGUCUAUGUCAUUUUCCUUCUUUGGUUUUUUCCUGACUUAUAUCCGUGAUUUUCAGAAAAUUUCUUUACGGGUGGAAGCCAAUUUACAUGGAUUAACACUCUAUGACACUGCUCCCUGCCCUAUUAGCAAUGAACGGACACGGCUACUUUCCAGAGAUUUUUGAUGAAAGGAUAAAAUAUUUAUGUGCUGAUUAGAAUUCUCAGGGAUUGGGAAAAUAUUCAUAAAAGUUACUUCUUCUGCCCUGAAAUUUUCAACCAGUUAAUCAAGGCUCAGUGACAUCGAUGGAAACUGAUAAUCAAGAGACAUAAAUUAAGCCAUUUGAUAAGUUGUUUUAAAGGUUAUCUUCAAGAAGGCCAUAUAAAAACAUUUAUGCCUAUACUUUUUUAUCCCAGAAAAUAAAACCAAAGGACUACAACAUCGUAGAUUUUUUUCUACUUUAAGAGAAGCACCAGAAGUGCACCAAGCAGUCUGCCAAACCCAACCUUUUUCAUUUUAGAAAUCUUUGUAGGCAGCGUGGUGGCUCAGUUAGAGCUUGUGCUCUGAACGGCAAGGUUGCCAGCUCAAUCCCCACCUGGGCCACUUUGAGCUACACCUUCUUUAUGUUUUUAAAGGGAAAAAAACCUUUGUGAAGCAUGUUUUGCUUGGAGCACUUUUAUGAGAGACAUUUUUCAGGGCAUCAAAUAAUCAGCAUUGCUCAGCAGCUCCUUUAGACCAGGGUUUUGAAGUAAUAGUUUUACCAUAUUAAUACAUUACUUAUAGUCUUUAUAAAUUUUUUUCUUCUGGAAUCCACCUUUAAAAGGAAGCAGACCUGAACUCAUGUGAGCACUGUCAUUGCUUAAGCCUCACACAAGAGAUUCUGCAGGUAUUAAUUUGAUUCCUGCCACCAGGUGAGAUAUGCUAACUGGUGUGUCACAUGCUUGCAAUAAUUUCAUGAUCUCUGGUAUGAGAUUUUAAUCACAUAUGAUUAAAUUUACUCCAAUCAUGUUUUACAUAAAACCAAGGUUAGUGUUCAUACACAAGGCUGAGAAGUUUGUGAAUAAUAGUAGAUAUAAUUAAUAUAAAAGUCACCCUAACCUGCAGUCAAGAGCUUUUUAGAUUUUUCUUAAUAGCAAAUAAUUGGUAAAAGUAGUCUUGAACAGGCAAAUAUUGAGCCUUUUUAACGGGACGUUCUUUGUAGAACCCAAAUUCUAAAGGACAAAAUCAACAAUCUGAAAAAACUAGGUACAAAAUAACUGUGAUACAUAUAUCCACCAAAACAGUUUUCUCUCUAUCAUGCAAGUGAUUGGAUAGCUUCUGCUUGCACCCCUGUCUGUGCAGAUAAAGAAUGGUUUGCAGAUCCCAGAUAAAAUUCAAAAGAAGAAAAUGCUCACCUAGAAGGUGAACAUUUGCAGAAGAAUCUUUGAAGGUGAACAAGGUUUAUCUUUUUUGAAGAAAUGGUUCUAUGUCCAGAAUAAAACAUGGAAAGAACAAGUAUAAAGAAGGAGUGAUUUAAGGGAAAAUGGCGGAAGAGAGCUUGGUUACGAAUCAGUUGCUAGAAUAGGACUCUUAAUUUCUGAAGACUUCUGGACUAAUAAGACAGAAAAUGGAAUGAAAUACUGUUUACCUACAUCAAGCAGCAGCGAACCUGGGAGACAUUUCAGUAAACAUUGAUUGAAACCUGGCAUUACUACAAAAAAAUAUGUACUCAUAUACAAACUAUAACAAAUUUUUUAUUAUGCCUCUGAAAAUCAUGGUGCAGCCACUCCUGGGAAACAGCAUCCAGUCCUGAUUGCUAUGUUAUCAAGGAAAUUGUAAUACAAGGUAUGAAGGGCCAGAGUAUGGUGAGGGGAAAAUUGAUACAAUAAGUUCAUAAAAUUACAAAUUGUGUGUGGGGGAAGAUGACAGAGAGAAGAAGAUGGACUUUUAUAUCCAUACUAGAAUAUUAGGCUUAGAGAUAAUGCACUAACACAUUAAAGAAAUUAUUUUAAGACAAACAGUAUUUUAAUUCCAUUAUUUAACUUUUACCCUUAGAAAUAACAUCGGCUGAAAAUAUUAGUAAGUUCAAAGAGGAAUGAUAAAUAGAAAUUUUGAAUGUGUGUUUAACUCUCACCUUAAGGUUGAAGUAAUGGCAGACAACCAUACCCUCAAAAUAUGGUUUGCCUUCACUGCCAGGUACAGUAGAUUCGAUGAACAGUAAGGCAUUUCUCUUUAAUUCAAUUAACAUUUUUGUGUUGAAUGGUUAGUUUUAAGAAUAAGAGGUUUUGGGGGCUGGCCAAGUGGCUCAUUGGUUAAGAGUUGGCUUGGGAGCGUGAGCUCUGAGCAGCAGGGCUGCUGGUU